AUGAGCGCCAAUAGCAGCACAGUGAGCCAGCUCCCCUGGCAGGGGCCGGUGUGCGUUGGCUGGAGGCAGGAUCUGGAAGGGGCUCUUUACCACCUGGCCAACUGCAUCUUGCUCCUGGGCUUCAUGGGGGGCAGCGGGGUAUAUGGAUGCUUCUACCUCUUUGGCUUCCUGGGUACGGGCUACUCGUGCUGUGUGCUGUGGGGCUGGUUCAAUGCCUGCAGCCUGGACAUCAUCCUCUGGAGCUCCCUGCUGGCAGUGGCCUGUCUGCUCCAGCUGGUACACCUGGUAUACCGCCUGCGGGACGACACCCUCCCCAAGGAGUUCGACCUCCUCUACAAGACUCUGUACCUGCCCCUGCAGGUGCCCCUGCAGACAUACAAGGAGAUUGUUCACUGCUGCCAGCAGCAGGUCUUGGCUCUGGCCACUGAGCAAACCUAUGCUGUGGAGGGUGAGACACCCAUCAACUGCCUGUCCUUGCUGCUCGCUGGCCGGGUUCGUGUGAGCCAAGAUGGGCAGUUUCUGCACUACGUCUUUCCAUACCAGUUCAUGGACUCUCCCGAGUGGGAAUCGCUGCAGCCCUCUGAGGAGGGGGUGUUCCAGGUCACUCUGACUGCUGAGACCACAUGUAGCUACAUUUCCUGGCCCCGGAAAAGUCUCCACGUUCUUCUGGCCAAAGAUCGAUACAUCUCCCGCCUCUUCUCAACCUUGCUGGGCUAUGACAUCUCAGAGAAGCUCUACGCUCUCAACGACAAAUUCUUUGCGAAGUUUGGCCUGCGCUUUGAUAUCCGCCUUCCCAGCCUCUACCAUGUCCUGGGUCCUGCUGCCCCGGACGCAGGGCCAGAGUCCAAGAAGAAUGAUGAGGAAGUCUGUGAGCCAGCAAUGUCCUCUCCUCAGGCCCUGCCCACAUCUGCCCAGAAAACACCUCCUUGUCCUCCCCCUCCAGCUGCCACCAACCCUCCUGUACCUCCUUCCCAGGUCAGGAUGUCCAGGCCCAACAGUGGCAUCCUGGCUUCUCAAACUCCCCUCCAGAGCUACCGUCAAGUGAUGUCCAAGGGACAGGCCCCUUUGGUUCCAACCCACACUCCUGAACUUUAAGGAUGGAUCCACGGUCCUUUUCUCUGUGGGCGGCCUAGCUGUCUGCCCAUGUUAAUAGUCACAGGAAGGUCACUGUUAUGCACACCCAUCUUCUUACCUACUGGUGGGCUCCCAGGCAUGGUGGGGAGAACACAGAAGACACCGGCACUGCAGCUACCCCACGAGGCCCUGGACGACUUCUAAAAAUUCACCCGCAUAAGCCUUCCUUUGGGAGGAUACAAGUAAAAGCGCAGGAGCACAGAUUCCAUCGUUUACUAGCUGCAUGAUUGUGGACAAGCUCCAGAGCCUCUCUGAGCCUCAUCUGUAAAGUGGGAAUCAUAAAACCCACCUCACAGGGUUGCUGUGAGGAUUAGAUCAGUUGAUUUAGGUAAAGCACCUUGCACGUGGCUUGGCACCUACUAAGCACUCAAUAAACCACUCGAUUCCUUGCCCCCUGUUGUUUCAUUGAGAUGUCAAAAAGGAUGGAUGGAGUGAGCAGUCCAAGAAGUUCUCACCGAUGGUUCUUAUUUUUAUUUUUUUAAAUUAAAAUUUAACUAGUCAGAAUCGACUCGAUGGCAACGGGUUUGGUUUUUUGGUUAAUAGAAUUUAAAAACACAGUUUUCUCUUAAGCUUUUAAGUUCAACUUACAAAUUCCUUGCUCUAAUUAUGAAUCUAGUACUGAACAAUAGUUUUCAGGGACGUUUUUAUAAACUUAGUU